CUUAGAUUACAUUAUCAAUGAAACCUCCCUCCAAUCUGCAUUUUAUAUGUUGAGAGAACUAACCACAGGUGCCUCGAUGCAGAUCGAUGAGAAAACCACUAUCAGUCCUUUGGUCAGUAAAGGAUUGCUGUGCUUCAAAGUGUAUGUUAUCUGGGGAACCCUCCCCUGCCCACAACCCCUUCAAACAGCAGGUCAUUUUAAUUUUGCAUUUACUGCCUGUAUGGCAUCCAUAACUUGUCCUCUUUCACUCAUAACCCUCUCAAACUGAAUCAUGAAAUGCUGAACGACGGUUGUUGAAUUUAUUUGUUUGUAAGGUUGCUGGUUUAUAUAAAAUGCCUUUUUUGGUUAACAGGCCAAGCUAAAGUUUUUGUGUCCUGUCAAAGAGAAAAGGAAGCUUGGACAUUCGAGAGAUGAAUUCAAUCAAAAUUCCUUCAGGGAUCAAAGUCUUUAACAAAAUCGCUGAUUUCAGACAAUGGCGUCGAAGUAUUCUAAUGGACAAUAAAACACUUGGCUACGUGCCUACCAUGGGUGCACUUCAUCAAGGUCAUCUUGCUUUAGUGUCAAGCGCCAAGAAGCAAUGCGAUCAUGUUGCGCUUUCUAUUUUCGUUAACCCUGCUCAAUUCGCACCUACUGAGGAUCUUCACACUUACCCUCGUACAUUACAAGAGGACCUUGAUAAAUUGUCCGGUUUAGGCGAGGGUGUCGCUUCUGCAGUGCUUGUUCCUCAAGUGGAGGAAAUGUAUCCUGCUGGUAUAAACCUGGAUGUAUCAAAGCAAAAGGGCACUUUCGUGGAGGUCCUUGGUCUAUCUCAUCAGUUAGAGGGAAUUACUCGUCCUAACUUCUUUAGAGGUGUAGCCACUGUCGUUUCCAAGUUUAUCAAUAUCGUGCAACCCGAGCAUAUCUAUUUUGGCCAAAAAGAUAUUCAACAAUGUUUUGUGAUCCGUGAUAUGAUCCGUGAUCUCCAUUUUCCAACCCAAAUGCAUAUCUGUCCAACGGUGCGUGAUAGCAAUGGGUUGGCACUCUCUUCCAGAAACGCUUACCUAAUCCCCAGCCAGAAGAAAUAUGCGCUUGCCCUGUCUCAGUCACUACGACAUAUGGAAAAACUGUACAAAGCUGGCGAGAACAAUGCUACUGAACUUGUGAAGACCGGCACCGACAUUAUUGAAAAAGCGAAAAAAGAAGUAGAGCAAUUGAAUGAAGGAUGGAGCAUGCGCAUAGACUACAUCUCUAUCAAUUCUGGAAACGGACUGAAAGAAUUGAAGGAUAACAUUCCUCGUGAAGAUGGUUGUGUCAUCAGCAUGGCCGUUUUUGUAGGAACUACUAGACUCAUUGAUAACAUAUGUUUGGAUGUGAAAGAGUUAGAGCAAUAAUAAUAUGUUUUAAAUUAUUGAUGUUUUUGGCAAUUCUAGCUGCAGUACAUUUUGCUUUCCUUCGCAGAGUACCUUAUUAGUUACUAUUCAUGAAGGGUUUAU